AUGCAUGACCCACAGAAGGAUCCUCGUACUAGGAAAAGCAGGCAUGAACUGACCCCGCACAAUCUUUCAUCUACCAUACGUUUUACUGACAUACCUGCUCAGUGGAACAAGGAUAACUUCACAUCUGUGAUAACUGGUUCUGGAUAUAUAGUUGACGUUAGAGAGAAAUACGUGGAUGAGGUCGAAGAAGCAGGAGAACGAGAAGGGGGAAAAGGAACUGGAGCUGGAGCUGGAGCUGGAAGUGAAAGAGGAUGUCUUGAAUGGGUAGAUGUAGAUUUCAGGGACUCUUCCUCCGCCAAUAGGGCCCAAAAUUCAAUAAAUAAGAUAAACCAUUUCCCAUGUAGGAUGUCCAUGGUGAUUCCCAAAGAUUGGAAAGAAAAGUUAGAGAAAAUAGACCAACUGAAACCGUUAGAGUUCACAAGAGACAAUUUUCCCUGGGAUUACAAAUUAGAACUACCGUUUGAAAUGGUAAGUGAGGUACCUUUACCAAGAAAGCCGUUGCCGGUGGUGCAACCAAUAACAAGUGACGCAGGAAGCACACUAUCCUCGGAGAAUAACACUGCAUCUACGAAUGCUGCCUCGGAUAACCUUGCCUCGAAGGCGAACGAGGCACCGGCACAGCAGAUAGAGAUCCCAGAGAUCUUAGCACGGGCAUCAAAGCAUCUACCAGCAUACCAACCGGGCUCGAUGACUGCACCGGAUGUGGUAUCUCAAAAUCUAUCGAAGAUUCCUACGUUACAAAUGAUCGAGAUUCUAUCAAACUUGAAGAUCUUAGCCAACCAGCAUAACAAGAAGCCACAACUGGAACAAUUCUUGAAGACUAACAUUGACUUAACGGUAGCUGUCACUCAGGCAAUGCUAGAAAUGGGGUUGAUAAACUAUCACGUGAUAUCAAAUGUUCUAGGCCAAAUGCAGGGCCAACAUUCUGUUGGACCCACGCCUGCCGCAGCCGCGCCUACAGUACCAACUCUGCCGCCAGUUCAACUACCUGAGCCGUCUGUACCCCAGACGGCUCAAGGCAUUAACAGCGGUGGUAACGGUACUGGUGGUGAUAUUACCACCACCGCUACAACCAACGCUGCCAACACCCCACAGCAGUUCAACGAGGCAAAACUUUCGCUACUGCCGCAAGAUCAACAGAACAUGAUCAGAACUGCGCUUUCGAUGCCCAUAACGAACAUAAUGGCUCUUCCACCAGGCCAGCAACAACUAAUACAGCAACUCAAAAACGACUACCUUCUAUAG